AUGGAAGGAAGCCAGUCCAUAUUUAUGGCUCACCAAAGUCUUCUCGAUUUCGCAUCGCAGUGGACAGCGUCGGGGAGUGAAUUGAACGACUGGCCAAUGCUCGAAGAGUUUGUUCUGACAGAUAGCUUCCAAAACUUGACGGAUCAAAAGAGGCUUUCAUUUUGUGGCCUUCAUGGCUUUCUCAACCACAUGUCUGUUCUCUGGAUAACUCCUGCUUGUUUCAUAAUGUCUUCCUCUGUCUACUAUAAUUUGGAUAGAGCUGGGCUGCUUCUUGGCGGGUACCUAAUGUGUGCUCAGAUUGGUGUUCCGCACUCCAGGAGUCCUCACAAUCUCAUCAAUUCAGAGCGAAUCCUUAUCUUUUCCACGUUUUGGGAACACGCUCGCUUGGUGGUGGAUGAUCUGGUAGCUUUGCUGCAGAAAGAUGCGCCGGACUUCGUUUUUUUGGUGAAGGGAUUUGGCUUUCCGAUGUCCUAUCCGAUAUCUCAAAAUGUUUUUCUUCGCCUGGUACGGAAAGGAGGCUCGGUAUCCAAGCUCUAUUUAUCUGGAAGUCUUUGGUCUGUGGAGCAAUCUCAAUGCAUUGCUUCUGCAGGUCUACAAAGUCUAUAUCUAGGUCAUGCAACUAGAUUUGUGGAUGGAGGCAAAUCUCUUGUGAAUUCGCUCGACACAAGCUCAUCUUCGAGACUCAUAAAAUUUAAGGCGCAUUUCUGUGAACUAUCUCAUGAGGCAUGGCUUGCGUUUAGUGUGUACUUGCAGCAAACAAGGUCGCUUCGUAUACUGAAGUUGCAAGGACUGACAAGGUCCGAUUCCUGUGCCGUUCUGCAGUAUUUGAGUGUCAAUACAAGUCUCGAGUACAUUGAUUUGUCCCAAAGCAAUGUACCUACCGCCAUUCUUAAACAAAUAGUACAGUGCCGGACGCUCCGAAAGUUUCGUUACUGCUGCCGUGGAUUCCCUCCCGGCCUGAUUAUGGGAUUACUCUCAAACAAAAGUUUGAACGAACUCAAUGUAUCGUCUCAGAUUCACAAUCAGUUCUCAGACAAAGAAUUUGAUCAAUUGAUACAUGCCAUAUCCAAUCAUCCUAGCCUCAAAAUUCUUUCCCUCAAAAUGCUGGGGAAGCAACCAAUCUAUCGAAGCAAAAAGCUGCUUGAACUUGUUCAAGAAAACAAAGUUCUCGAGACUAUCGAAAUAUCUGCGGAGGACUGGGACACCACAAUACUUCAUCAGGUCUACUGUCAUCUGAGGAUGAACAAGUAUCGCGCACGUGGCAUUGCUUUUUUUCAUGAAACGUUUGAGACUCGGCUUGCUGCGCUUGAUUUUACUUUGCGCGAAUUGAUUUCCAUAGAAAAGAAAGAGAUCUUGCCACACUUGCUCUUUGUCUACCUGCAGCAACAUUGUGACGUACUGGAUUUGAAGUCUCGAUUGCUUUCCUGA